GAGGCAAACUCGGGCCACAUUGAUGAUCAGCUGUGAAUUAAGGAAGAUGCAUGUGAAAGCUCAGUCUACAUCUUCUCCUUCAACUGCGAAGGUGGAAAGAAGGAUCGUGGAGAAGAACAGGAGGAAUCACGUCAGGACUCUCUAUGGCAAUCUCUUCUCUCUCCUCCCUAAGAAUAACUCCAAGAAGGCAAGGGCGCUACCGGAUCGAAUAGAUGAAGCGGCGAGUUACAUAAAGAGCUUAGAGGAGAAGUUGCAGAAGGCCAAGGAGAAGAAGGAAACGUUGAUGGGAAGAGAAGGGAAUAAAACACAUUCCGCAGCCGCCGGCGCAAGUGAGCAGCUGAUUCCGGGAUCGGAAUCGCCCAAGAUAAAGAUUCGACAGAUGGGUUCUGCUCUGGACAUCGUUCUGAUAACGACUACUCCGCCCGAUCACCCUCCUCAGUUGCUCACAUUCCGGGAGAUCCUUCGCAUGGUUCAUCAGGAAGGCGCCGAGGUUGUGAGUGCCAACGUUGCAGCGCAUGGCAACUUGCUUCUGCAUGCGGUGCAUGCAAAUAUUGGGGAAAUUGCACCGGAUCUGGUAGCGGCGAGAGUGUCUUACAGGCUGGAAGAGUUUGUGAAUGGAUCAAUUAACAGGGAGAUGGAGCUGCAGAUGGAAUCACAGCAAUUUCAGAUCCAAACCGAUGAUGCAUGGGAUCUUUGCAAUCCAGAAACAUGGCCUGUUGGUUUGUAGCUAGCUAGGUAUGGAUGGUGAAAUCCCUUUUGGAUGCACCCUUUGAGUGUCUGAAUAUCAUUGUCCCUUUCAUAUGUUGUUCAUGCACUUCAGAAGUAUAAGAUCGUCAUCACUCUACUAGAACCCAUUUUAAGUGUGGAGGUGGAGAUGUGUUGUGUUUUCAUUUUGUUUGUUUCAAGUCCUAGGAAUAACUACAUGUGAUGAUGCUUCUUUUGGAAGCAAGACAAAUAUUGAGAGUGAAAUAUAUUUCAAAA